GUGUCUGCGCAUUGAAACGGGGCGUGCGCUCGUCCGGCAAUGAGCGCGCAGUGCGCGUGCAACAAGCCCAGCGGAGAGGACUGUGCGUCCCGGUGACACCAAAAACGAAAAUGGGGCUUGAAAAGGAAAAAUCGGAGACCAGCGUCAUAAUGGAUGAAGAGGAAUUCAACAGAUCGAUUGAACCCAUACUUGGAAAAAAACCGCACGUGUAUUAUUCACCUGUGCCGGACAGAGAUCCCAAAGACAUGAACGCGCACCUAAAGGUUGACUUUGAAGACAUCAUCGCAGAGCACACCUCUACACACAGCUUUGACAAAAUCUGGAUUGGCAGUCAUGCUGUGUUCGAGUUGGUGAGAUACGUCUUCUACCGAUUCCUCACCACGUUCCUGGCCGUACCCAUGGCAUUCGUCGCGGGAAUUGUUUUCGGGACCCUCAGCUGUAUACAUAUUUGGGUGGUGAUGCCAGCGGUGCACGGUUGCAUGAUGACUCUGCCUCCCAUCCAGGUGAUCUGGAACAACUUGGUGGACAUCUUCAUACGGCCUUUGUUCUUCAGCAUUGGGAAGUCCUUAUCAUCCAUCACCGUUAAGACUGUGCAAAACUAAGAGCUUAACUUUAUCUAACUAUACAAAUAAGUGUUCAUGGUAGCAGCAUUCAGCUGCUUGAUGUACAAGACCUCGAAGGUAUCAGCUGAAGGAUUUUUAUCCUUAACAUUCCGAUACACAAUGGGAAAGGAUUUUUCACCUUUUUCUUUGCACAGUUGCAACAAUCAUUUCAUCAUUUCGUCACUGACAUAGACAUUUUGAUGGGUGGUGUCAGCACAGACAUGCUUUUCCAGUACUGUACAGCUUUUGUGUUACAGAUCAUGCAUGAAGAUUUAAAGGGACAGUUCACCCAAAAUUAAAUUCUGUCAUCAUGUACACAUCUUGUGCCGUGGAGUAUUGACUAUAAAGCCUCGGUCACUAUUUAUUAACAUGGAAAGUAAAGUAGCGAAAACAUACUUUAAAAUGUCUCAUCUUAUGUUUUACAAAGAAAAAAAAGUCAGACGAAUAAAAAAGCAUAAGGGUGAGAUUAAAAAAUAUGACAUCAUUUUCAUUUUUCGGUGAACUUUACCUUUAAGAGAUUUUAAUAUUAUUAAAAUGCAGGCUUUUGACGUUAACAUUUACAUUAACAUUUAUCCAAAGCGGCUUACAGAGAGUUCAGGGAGCAGUAAGCGAUUGUUGCACAAUUUGUGAUGCUGCAGGCGCUUGAUGUGCUUGUAAAGAAUCGAAAAGAAUAAUAUAAAAUGAUUAAAUGACUUCCAAUAGGGCUGAAGUGAUUCAGUGAUUUAUUUUGGGUUAAUAUUUAUAUUAAGAGUUGACAGGUUUUUAUCAAUUAAACUAAAUCAGAUGCUGUUAAGUUUUUAUUCUAUUGAUUGAUCUGACAGCAGUGCACACACUGUUUAUAAUUUCAGGUACAUUCCUGUUAUAGAGAGCGUUCUGUACAAAUGAUACAGAAAUGCUCUUGUCUUCUGUUGCAAAGAUUUCUUUAUGUGUCACACAAAAUGGGGAAUGGUUUGCCUUGCAAAGCUGAGUUUGCCAUGGAUUGUGCUUUGUUAAGAGCGCCACAGAGUAAAUGGAAUAUUUGACUGUGCAGUGGAACAUAAGAGGCUCAGGUGCCAUUCCUCGCCCCCUUUAAAUGAUGUCACAUUGCAAGCAUGCCGAACAAAACUCAGUAUACAACAGAAAAAAUGCUAAAGGAGACUACAUGCAACAAAUGACCAAAUAAUGUUUUAGGAUUUGAAAAUGUGUUUUCUACUUUUGGAAUAUGAUGGAGUUUGGAGGUUUUGCUUUGAUCUUAUUUAUGGAGUUCACUGUGCACGGAGAUAGAUUUGUGCAACGAUAAAUCCUUACGUUGAAAUGUUCAGCUUUGCACAAAAAAUCUGGCCGAGCGUGACCUUCAGAAGGAUUUAGCUGUAAAUCUACAUUCUGUUUAGCUGUCAGUUUUUAUAAAAGCAUUUUGUAUCCACACUGCAGACAUUGUUUGGAUUGUACAAUCAUACUAAUAGAACUGUACAUGUGAUGACAUUGGAUAUUGCUUCAAAUGAAAACAAAUAACAAUGAUAUUUAAUAAAAAAACUGUUUUACGAAA